AUGUCCAUCACUGUUUCAACUUGCUAUCAAAUAUGCAACUCUCCAUUAAACUAAUCUUAGUCCAAAUAACUUUAUACCUUCCCUAAAAGUAUGAGAUUUAAGGACAUUGGUAAAUCCAACUGUGAGAAGUUUUGCUAUGAUUUACCUCCUGUCAGAGAUCAUAGAAUGACUGGAAUUGGAUAUGGUACUAAGUACGAUUUUACCAAGCAAAAUAAUAAGACUCCUGGCCCUAACACUUAUGCAUUAUAAUCUGAACUUGAUAAAAAUGUUAAAAAACACAGAGGUUUCCCUUUUGGUGUUUCUAGAGAGAAUAUGGCUAGCACUGGUAUUAUGGGAAAUUUGAACUCAAAAAAUCCUGGUCCUGGCAAUUACUAGUUACCAAGAACUUUAAGUAAUAUUUCUUAUAGUAUUAGACAAAGAACAGCCCAUAAUGACCCUCUUAGCUCAUUUGCUAAGAACGUACCAGGACCUGGAGCUUAUCCUAUAGCACCUUCUAUUAGCUCUGAUGGCAAAUAUUUUAUUUCUAAAUUCCGUUCUUCAGGAGCUUUGAGCUUUAAUCCUUCUCGCUCUAAGAGAUUCCCAGAUGGACCUAAAGCUGGACAUCAAAACCCUGGGCCAGGAUAGUAUGCUCCUAAUACUGGUAUUACCAAGGAUGGUUAAUACUUUGUUAGUGGAUACAAGUCAUCAUAAUGUAGAAGUUUCCCUCACGGAGUUCGUCGUACUCUUUCUUAAGAACAAUUAAGAGGCUCACCUGGACCUGGAUAAUAUAGAUUACCAAGCGAAUUUGGUUAUUAUGAAAGUGCUGUUAAAGCAAAUAAUACUUCUACUCAAGAAAAGAAUGAAACAAGUUAAUAAAAUGAAUGA